UCCCCGUCGUCUCCUUCCCUGUUUCUUCUCCAGCGCUCGAUCUCCACCCUCCGCCUCUCACAAAAAUAAAGAAAAAAUAAUUCCCCACCCUUUCCACACCCCCGCGCACGCGCCAACUGCCAAACAAAUAAAGGGUUUCGGCGGCGCCUGCAGCGAGAGGGCAGGAAGGAUGGCGGAGGCUCCACCGGCGAGCCCCGGAGGCGGAGGCGGGAGCCACGAGAGCGGCGAGCAGAGCCCUCGAGCCGGGGUUGGCGUCCGGGAGCAGGAUCGGUUCCUCCCGAUCGCCAAUAUCAUCCGGAUCAUGAAGAAGGCGCUCCCCGCCAACGCCAAGAUCGCCAAGGACGCCAAGGAGACCAUGCAGGAGUGCGUCUCCGAGUUUAUCAGCUUCGUCACCAGCGAGGCGAGUGACAGAUGCCAGAAGGAGAAGAGGAAGACGAUCAACGGGGACGAUCUGCUGUGGGCGAUGGCGACGUUGGGGUUUGAGGAGUACAUCGAGCCACUGAAACUGUACCUGCAGAAAUAUCGUGAGUUGGAGGGUGGAGAGGGGUCCGCCAGGAGAGAAUUAGGGGGUUCGCAAUCUGGAACAGGCACGACAGGGGAGUACCAGGCUCCUCAACAAGGUCCUUUUACACAAAGCUUGGAUUAUGUAAAUCCUCAGGCACAACAUCAUCUGCUUAAGGAAAGUAGAAUUCUUUUUUGAGAUAUUUGAUUUGCUGAAACUAUGACAGACUAAACAUCAAAUUUCUAUCUCUCUCUCUCUCUUUUUCCGUGGACUAUUUCAUAGAAGUGGUUACCAUACUUCAUAAGAAUUAAAAUAUAUUGCAAUUGCCAUGAUGUAAAUAUUUUACCUACCCCAUUUCAUAGAAGUGGUUACCAUCUAAGUAUACUGAUAUAUUGGUGCUUUACAUGAGUUAAUAAUAUCGGUCACUUCUGGUCAA